AAUCAGACGCAAGUUCAAUAGUCUUAUCGAGAUCGAGCUACUGACAUCCUACCCUGUCUUAUCUUGUUUAGUUUUUUCUAUUUCUACUGUGUGGGUCAUCCUUUUACUUCUUCAAACAACAAUUCUACCAAACUAUACUUUCUUUUCUGACAAGCAAAUAAAGUAUCUCAGUUAGUAAGGAGCAAUAAAUAGCGGUCAAAGACGUGGAACCGAUCCAAAGGCGAGAAAGACAAAGUCAAUUUAAAUUUCCACUUCUUCCUCGUAUUAUUCAUCUUUCGCUACAUAUAAAAGACGACAAUUUAAAUAAUUUGCCAACAUGCCUGCUGGACUCGAACAAGUAUCUUUCUACUACGGUUUGGGGAGAAUCACUAAAAGACACUUCAACGAUUUACGCAAUUUUUCGAUCGUUUGUGGUAAUACCAGUCCUGUUCGAAAAUCAACUGAUAAUCAUCUUCGAAACAUACUUCAAUGUUGUUCGCCUAAUUAUUCUGGAUUUAUUAAGGAUUCCUCAAGAACGAUAAAAAGAACUUAUUUAUCGAUAUCAUCGCAAACUAUUAUUGAGAAGAAACGAAUUAUAUUAGAACGAAACAUGCCUUACGCAGUUGACAUUUAUCAUACACAAGUUUCAAAUUUGGUGACGCGUGUAGCAGAAGCUUUGAAUAAUGGAUACGACAGCAUUGGUAAAAUUCCAUUAUUGAAUGUACCAAAUAUAGCUCUUUCACCAAAAAUUCGUUCUUACAUCGAGGAAUGUGCUAGUCUAUGCUUACCCAAGGACAUUUACAUAUGCAAUGGAAGUGAAACGGAAUAUGCUGAAUUAUUAAAACUUCUGGAAAAAAAUAAAACUAUCCAACCUUUACCAAAAUACGAAAACUGUUGGUUGGCCAGAACGAAUCCAGCUGAUGUAGCUCGCGUAGAACGUUGCACGUUUAUUAGUACGGAAAAUAAAAAUGAAACAAUACCAACACCUAAAGAAGGUAUUGUUGGUGAACUUGGAAAUUGGAUGUCACCUGAUAACAUGGAAAAAGCUAUUCUUGAACGAUUUCCGGGUUGCAUGAAAAAUCGAACGAUGUAUGUGAUACCAUUUAGCAUGGGACCAAUAGGAGCCCCACUUUCCAAAAUAGGUAUAGAAAUAACGGAUUCUCCUUACGUUGUUUGCUCGAUGAAGAUCAUGACGAGAAUGGGUACAAAGAUAUUGGAAAUACUUGGCAAUAAUGACUUCGUUAAAUGUUUACAUUCGGUUGGUACACCUAAAACGGAUUCUAAAGUAACCGUGUAUCCUUCUUGGCCAUGUGAUCCAGAAAGAACAAUUAUUCUUCACAAGCCUGCAAAAAACGAAAUAGUAUCGUAUGGUAGUGGUUAUGGGGGUAACUCUUUGCUUGGUAAAAAAUGUCUCGCGUUAAGAAUUGGAUCAACGAUUGCUAGAGAUGAAGGAUGGCUUGCAGAACACAUGCUGAUAUUAGGAAUCACCAAUCCAAAUGGUAAAAAACGUUACAUAGCCGCUGCGUUUCCAAGUGCCUGCGGUAAGACCAACUUGGCAAUGAUGAAACCAACACUUCCGGGUUAUAAAAUUGAAUGUGUGGGUGAUGACAUCGCUUGGAUGAAAUUUGACAAAGAAGGUAGGCUUCGUGCUAUCAAUCCAGAGUAUGGAUUCUUUGGGGUAGCUCCAGGAACAAGCAUGGAAACCAAUCCCAAUGCUAUGAUGACGAUCUUUAAGAAUACUCUUUUUACAAAUGUUGCUUCUACGAGUGACGGUGGUGUAUUUUGGGAAGGAAUGGAAAAAGAUAUUGAUGGUAACGUUGAGAUUACCGAUUGGAGAUAUAACAAAUGGAACAGAGAUUCAAAAACUCCGGCUGCUCAUCCUAAUUCAAGAUUCUGUACACCUGCUCGACAAUGUCCGAUAAUUGAUCCAGCUUGGGAAGAUCCAAAUGGGGUACCAAUCGAUGCGAUACUUUUUGGUAGUCGUAGACCAGAGGGUGUCCCAUUAAUAUACGAAUCUCGAAAUUGGCAACAUGGUGUUUUCAUUGCAGCCUCGAUGAGAUCCGAAGCAACAGCUGCUGCAGAAUAUAAGGGUAAAAUAAUCAUGCACGAUCCAUUCGCAAUGAGACCAUUUUUCGGUUACAAUUUUGGACAUUAUGUCAAUCACUGGUUGAACAUGGCUAAUGUGAAAAAUGCCAAAUUACCUAUUAUCUUUCACGUUAACUGGUUUAGAAAAAAUAUUCGAGGACAAUAUCUCUGGCCAGGAUACGGUGAUAAUUCUCGUGUUUUGGAUUGGAUACUUCGUAGAAUAGAGAAUGAAAAUAUAGCCAGAGAUUCUCCGAUUGGUUUCAUACCAAAAAUUGACUCACUUAAUCUGAAAAAUUUAAAGGAAGACAUCGAUCUAGAGGAAUUGUUUAGAAUACCCAAAUCCUUCUGGCAAAAAGAAGUGAAAGAUUUGAGAAAGUACUUCGAUGAACAAGUUGGUAAUGAUCUUCCGCAAGCUAUUUUAUCUGAGCUUGAUAAUCUUGAAAGAAAUAUUAAUAAUAUUUAAGAUCAAUUUUAUGAUCUUGACUUGACUGAAAUAUUGAAAAAUUCA